AUCUGAUCUAAAUAGUGGAAAAGCUGUGCAGAUAAAUUAAUUAGCAAUUAGCCAGUGCAAACAGAGUGUUGUCAGCCGACCAGCCGAAGCAGCUGAGCUGAUAGUUCCGCCUUUGGCCCCCGCUUUCGCCAGAAGCGAACGGAACCAAAAUAAACAAGCGAGUGAAAGGAGGAGGAGGAGAAAGAGCGCGGGAGAGUGAGCGCGAAGAGUUGUCGGAGGGGGCGGUGGCGGAGGAGCGGACAACGAGGCAGAAACAAAAGCACAAAACGGCGGACAGAACCAGUCGAAAGAAAACAACAAACCGGAGCGGACGCACUCGAAAAAAGCGAAACGAAUUUAUUUCUGUGCUUAGGGCGACACUGUGUGCGUGCCACUGACUGUGAGUGUGUGAGCGUAUGAGCGCGUGUGUGUGUGUUGUGUAUAUUUAAACAAUAUUCAAAAAAUCAUACGCCAGACGAAUAAAAAACGCGACGAAAACGAAGGCGAAGAUCUCCCCAUCUCCUCUCGCAGCGGAGCAGACAGAUAAAUAAAAACAGAAUCCGAGAAUCCGAAAAACAACAACGCGACUGUGACGCGGCAAGGUGCUGGAGGUCACUCGGUCCAUUUCGCACCGCACUGAAGCACUACAUCACUAUAUCAGUAAAUCAGUAUAGCAAUAUAGCACCACCCCCAGACCACCCCAGUUUCUAACCAGUUUCGGAUCAAGCGCCCGCAAAAAACAGCACGCGCGAUCGGAAAACUCGAAAAAAUCUACAAGCAGCACAAAAACAAAAGUAAACUCACGCGCUUCAUCGUUUUAUUGCUCGCCGCCCUCUCGACUGAUAAACGUCAGUUGAUAAAUAUAUGUAUAUCGCAUCGCAUCGCAUCCACACUAAAACAAAUACGCCAGCAAACAAACACCAAUUAUUCCAAUAAAACCAGCGCCAAGUGCGAAUGCGCCCUCGAUUUGUAUGCCAUCAGCAGCACUCGGUGGCCCAAUCCCCUUUCCAUCACCAUUACCAUCACCACCGCCAUCCCAAUCCGCCCCAUCACCAUCACAUUUACGGCGCCACUGACGUCAGUUAUCGGCGUUAUCGCACCGCUAGCAUGGUGGUGGCCGAGGGAGUUAUGGACAUCGGGUCGGGAUCGGGCACGGGAGCGGGCUUGGGGCACUUCAACGAUACCCCAUUAUCCGCACUGGGCAUCGAGACCCGCACCCAGCUGUCCCGCAUGCUGAACCGCAAGAAGGUGCUGCGAUCCGAGGAGGGCUACCAGCGGGACUGGCGCGGCAUCUCGGAGCUGGCCAAGCAGAAGGGCUUCGUCGACGAGAACGCCAACAAUCCAAUGGAUCUGGUGCUGAUCAGCUGGACACAGCGGAGCCCCCAGACCGCCAAGGUGGGCCAUCUAGAACACUUUCUAGGCAUCAUCGAUCGGUGGGACGUGUGCGACGACAUCCAGGAGAAUCUGGCCAAGGACACCCAGCGCUACAUCAUGAAACAGGAGCAGCGGCAGACCGCUCUGGUGGAGGCGUGUCCGCCGCCUCCCAGCGACUGCUUCGAGACCAACAACAACUACAGCAGCAGCAACAGCAACAACAUCACGGUGGGUCAAAGUGUGCAGAUCCUCAGCGACGAAGACCAGAGAUGUGUGCAGAUGGGCCAACCGCUGCCCAGAUACAACGCCUGUGUUUUGUACGCGGAGGCAGACAUCGAUCAUGCCACCGAGAUUAUGAACAAUCUAGAGUCUGAGCGGUACAAUCUCAGGCUUUUCCUGCGCCACCGCGACAUGCUAAUGGGCGUUCCGUUCGAGCAUGUCCAACUGUCCCACUUCAUGGCUACCCGCUGCAAUCACUUGAUUGUCUUGCUCACAGAGGAGUUUCUUCGGAGCCCGGAGAACACGUACCUCGUGAACUUCACCCAGAAGAUACAAAUCGAGAAUCACACUCGCAAGAUCAUACCGAUUCUGUACAAGAUGAACAUGCACAUACCCCAGACCCUGGGCAUUUACACACACAUGAAUUACGCCGCGGAUUCCAAGUUGUUCAACUUCUGGGACAAGUUGGCGCGUUCGCUGUACGAUGUGAAUGCCUUUUCGAUCUACUCCCCGCGCCAGGUGCAAACACCCUCGCCGGAGGAACCGUCUCCCCGGGUGACCACUCCCAGCAUUCGGAUACAGAUCAACGACAAGGAUGUCACUGAUAUGCCAAACUACAACAGCUGCAAAGUGCCGGAAGCGGAGACCACAGUUGUUUCGAUUUCCGGUGAUACCGGCUCACCCCUGCCGGAGCACAAACCGAAGAAAAUGAAUACCUUCCGCAAAAUCACGCACAUCAUCGGAAAGACGGCGCGAAAUGAUGGGGCCAGCGCCAAGACCCUGCGUCAUGCUCACUCCGUCAGCACCAUAAACGUCAUGGAGCGCGAAAGGACCAUCAGUGCCAGCAGCUCCAAUAUCUCUACUACGUCGGAGAGCAAGAAGAGUUUCAUCAAGUGGCGGCCAAACAUCCUGAAGAAGUCCCUGUUCUCCCGAUCCCGCAACAAGCUACAGACGCCGUGCUGAGAUCAUAGUGUUAGAAUAGCCAUUCAUUCGAUGUCUUAAUUCCUUAUCGUGUGUCCAGUCUAGUUAUGGCCACCGAGUCGCCAAUGUCGUCACCCUCCAUGCCUAGUGAUAAUCUUUAGCCUAAUCCUUAUCAAAGUCAAAUAACUUAAUAUAAUUAGACGCAUCCGGUUACUUAUAUAAGACAACAACGAAUAAAGACAAUACCAUAUAUCCGCACAAAUGUAUCACUAAAGCACACGGACUACCACGUACGACACGAUUUGCUCUAUGCCUAUGUAUACGACUCUGGACUCGAUAAACAGACAAAUUGGCAAUUGCGUUGAGUGAGGUUAAAUACGCGACACUGCUAAUCAAAGCGCUCAAUUAAAUAUUAGUCACGCGUUCGAUAAGUGACUUACUUAAUUUAAUUAUCUCGCCUGCCGUUCUCGCAACUCAGACCCCAUCUCGUAUGAGUAAUGAGCAUAUAUAACGAAUACGUAUGGCUGCAUUGUGCGGGCAGUGCUUUAUCAUUUUGUAAACUGCUCAAGCCGUUUUAGACGAUUGCUAGCAAUAAGUAAACUGUUUGUUUUCGGUACCGCCAUCGGCUGGUUCCCCCAUGUGAUUAGCUUUAGCUUUUACCGAUUGUUACUGAUUGCUGUGAAUGCGUGCCCAUGUGUCUGAUGUGCACCUUAACACACUCACUUAUUAUAAAUCAAAUACCAUAAGAGAUGUCACCCAUCACAUCGUCUUUUCCAAUGUAUCUAGACUCUUUCUAUAUAGUACUAUAUCUCGGAACAGUACGUUUCAAAAUCAUAAAGGGUCGACAACCGUAUUAUGUCUAACUUAUGUCAAGCGACAAUAAAUGCAUAUAUGUAUGUAAGUUGCUCAAUGUCGGGUAUCGAACGCAAGAGCCUCGACCUUCGCGCCACGUGUCACUUAUGGUUAUGAAACGCACGGUAUCCAUAUCGGAAAUAAGCAAGCUCCAGUUGAGCGGCAAUAAACUGUUCAAUGUUUGGCUCAAUAAUUUAUUGUUGAAUGUAGACAACCUUUUGUUCGUUCAUGUUUAAUAAACAUUGCAGUUUAUGUGUGAA